CGCUGGCUGCAAUGACCAUCCCACAUCACUUCCCACUAGCAGCCAAGCUACCAGUAUACUGUCUCGAUUGGCUAGCAGAGGAUGUGCUCGUGUUCGCUGGAGGAGGGGGAAAGGGAAGGACGGGUGUGGGAAAUUUCAUCCGCGCAAUCCAUGUCCCCUCUUCAGCCAAAUCAGCAGAAGACGUCGCUGUCGCAGCAGAGAUCAAGCUGAGCUCGGACGAGGAUGCGCCCAUGGCUAUGGCCGUCGAUACGAGCUCAGAUACGCUGGUGUUGGGAGUGAAUGAGGCGGACGAGAAGAAGAAGGAGGGAAAUGAGCAUUUGAGGAUUUUUCGAUUUGAGAGAUCAGAAAGCGCGGCGGGUGACAAGAAGGGGACGGUCAGCGUCACCCUCAAUUCUUCCUCAAAUUCUCCCUCUCUCCCUCUCAAAGACCCUGCCGAAGGAUACGUGCGCCGCCUCCUGUUCUCCUCGGAUGCCCAACAUCUCCUGACCGCCUCCACCGAGGGCAGCUACGCAGUCCAGUCUUACCCGUCCCUCAGCCCCGCCUUCGACGCCACGACGGACUUUGAAGGCGAGGAGAUAGUGGAUGGCGACUUCUCACCUGAUGGGACGCAAGUUGUCGUCUGUACGGGCAGGAAGUUGAAGGUGCUGGGGACGUACCCGAAUCCGGCCAAGGCAGGAAGCGACGACAGCGAAGGCGAGGAGAAGACGAACGGAGAGCAGGCUGUGAAUGGUGCCUCGUCCUCACGCUUGGGCCACCCGCCUAUUUGGCAGACGAUCCAGAAUCCUGCGCUGGGAGGGGAGGGCGGAUGCGAGUUUAGAGCGGUGCGAUUUGGCAAGGCGAGGCGGAGGCCUGACCGACUAGCAGCAGCAGCUGCUGGGGGCGAUAAGGAAGGUGAUGACAAGAUCAGCGAGAAGAAGAGCGAUGCAGUAGCGAGUUCAUCGGCACCGACGCCUUCAUCGGGCUCGGAGGGCAAGCUCUUCACAGUGGUAAACGCCAAGCGCUCAUCAGGCGGUAAGUCGAAGAAACGCAAGUCCUUCCUAAGCGCUUGGUCCCUCUCAACCUGGGACCUCCUUGAGACUCGCCAACUCUCCGAGAAGCCAGCAACAGUGUUCGCCAUCAGCCCUUGCGGUCGCUACCUCGCAUACGGGUCUUCCGACCUGAGUGUAGGCGUCAUCAAUGCUCGCACCUUGCGCCCGGUAAUGAGAAUACUGGACGCCCAUUCCUUCCCUCCCACGGCGCUCGCUUUCAGCCCCGAUGGAGGCUGGCUGGUAAGCGGGAGUGCGGACAAUACGUUGCGGGUGGUGAGGAUGCCCCUGACGGCCGAUGAGGAGGGAGAGAUGGGUGGGACGACGGAGAGUCUGCUCGAGAGACCAUGGCUGCUCACGGCUAUGUUGACGUUGUUUAUCUUGGUGCUGGCGGCGUACAUCCAGAGGACGAUUAUGAGUGCGUCUAGUUCGUGACUGCGAAAUACCAAUGGCUUCAAGACGAGCG